AAAAUGAUACAAAACAACCACAAAGAGACACAAAACGUGUUGCUUGUAAGAGAGGUUUUGGGGCCUCUUGCGUGUCUGUUUUCAGGGCCCCAUUGUCUCGCAAUCCUUCCACACUGUGACUUUGUGCAGUAAAACUACAAUUCCCAUAACAGGAAGCACUUUGCAAAUGUUGCGUUCAAACACCAUGAGUAAAUUCCAAUGUCAUAAAUCCAGCCGUUAACUUGUACAAAGAAGAAUCAGGUUUUUGGAUCUUAGGCUGGCCUAAUCGUUGAUGUGUUGAUGUUUUAUGCCGGAGAAUUGUUAUUUCUUUAGCCAUGCAAGAAAAAUGACUCUAGUUCAGUUGUUUGAGGGGUUGUUAGAUUCACCUCUUUGGGUCUGGACCUAAAUAUCUCAACAACUGUAAAAUGGAUUGCCAUUCAAAUUUGUAGAGAUAUUUGUUUGUCCCAAGAGGAUGAAUCCUACUGACUUUGGUAAUCGCCUGAUGUUUCCUUUAGCAACACCUGCAGGUCAAUGUGUUCACGUAGCCUGACUUUUCAUCUACAGCCAUCAUCUUGGUUAAAAUAAAAAAUGUUCCUGUACUUUUAUUUCAAAACAUGAAAAAUAUUCCAAUCUGCCUCAGCCGUACUUUGUGAUUUCCAAUACUACCAACAGCACCUGAAGGCAGCAGAGCACAUGAUUUGAUGAACUGGAGAGGAAUAGUAACGAACUGCUGUGAAGCCUACACAUGAAAUAUUUAGGGUGGAAAAUACUUCCUGGUCUUGGUUGCCUGCUGUGUCAACAGGCAGCGCAGCUGUGAGGCGUUCAACGGCCGACAUUUAUUAUCAGAAGCAGCCGAAAUGUCGCUCCGAUACCACAACAAAGUUGUCAUUGUGACCGGAGGAUCGAAAGGGAUCGGAAGAGGGAUUGUCAAAGUGUUUGUGGAGAAUGGAGCCAAAGUGGUGUUUUGUGCAAUAGGUGCAGGAGGUGAGGCUCUGGAGGCAGAGUUAAACAAAGCAGGGCCAGGCUCGUGCAAAUUUCUCACAUGUGACGUCUCCAAAGAGGACAACAUCAAGAGAUUGAUCGCAGUCACAGUGGAGCAUUAUGGACACAUCGACUGCCUGGUCAACAACGCCGGGUGGCACCCACCUCAUAAACCCACUGAUGACACCACGGCAGAGGAGUUCAGGGAUCUGCUGAAUCUGAACCUCAUCAACUACUUCUUGGCUUCUAAAUAUGCUUUGCCGUACCUACGACAGCGUCAUGGAAACAUCAUCAAUGUGUCCAGUCUGGUGGCGACCAUCGGUCAAAGAUAUGCUGCACCAUAUGUCGCCACCAAGGGGGCGGUCACCUCCAUGACAAAGGCGAUGGCCGUGGAUGAGAGCGUCUACAAUGUGAGAGUGAACUGCAUCUCUCCAGGUAACGUGCUGACGCCUCUGUGGAAGGAACUAGCAGGACAGACACCAGAUGCUGCAGCAACCAUUAAAAUGGCAGAAACCCAUCAGCUGCUGGGUCGCUUCGGGACCGAGGCUGAGUGUGGACUGGCUGCCUUGUAUCUGGCUGCUGACGCUACCUUCUGCACCGGGAUCGACCUGAUGGUCAGCGGAGGAGCUGAACUCGACUUCGGCGUCAAGAGUCAGAUCUCUUCCUGACUCUCCUCACUGAAUACACAGUGAGGUCAACAAGUCACGGUCUCCUAUCUCUAUCGCACAUUGACUCUAUAGGCCUGUUAAUUGUGUAAUAUAUAAAUAAACUUGACUUGUCCUGGUCUCCACAGUCUCCUUGUGGCCGUGGAACAGUUUGUUUAGCAGAUUAACUGGUUAAAUGCAGAUUAUAUAUUCACUGAUGUUCUAAUCUGCUGUCACAAAAGUUUGAUUCAGAUUUCUGAGAGAACUAUAUGUCUGAAUGGUCUAUCAUGCUUUUAGCUUGUAGAAAGUGCUCCUUAGAAAUAGAUAUUAACUGAAAGAGACAAACACCUCUGAGAAGCAGUUAAAUAACAAUAGAAGAAAUAACCAUUGGUAUAAGAAACUAGACGCUUAAAAAUCAAAAUGUGUGCAGAUUGAAACAGGAACUUCCUGUUUCAAUGUCAAGUGUUUCACAAUAAUGCAGCCUGUAACUACCUGGAACAUUAAUAACAGGCAAUGUUUGUGUUUCACCAUAAUGCAGCAUGUAACAAGCUGGAACAUUAAUAACAGGCAAUGUUUGUGUUUCACCAUAAUAGAUAUUGUGGUGGAACUAUAGUGUUUUUAUCUUUAAUAUAGUUAUUGACUAGUAGAGAUCAAUAACAGUUAUAUCAAUAUAACGGCACACCUUUGAAGGGGUUUGUGUGUUUAAGUGUCUUGGUAACGCUACUAAGAUGAAUAGUAAAUGGUUGUAAAUACACAUGAUUUUCAUUCAGUAAGAUAAAAAAGUAACUUGUCGUUCAUGCUUGUUGAGCAAAUAGUCUUGCUGAGGUGAGAUAUCUUAAAUUGUUGGCACCUUGACGAACCGUGUAACCGGACCUGCACUCCUCCUCCCCCAACCGACCAAUCAGCGUCAACCUGUGUGUCCUCAAAUAAACCUGUUUUAUAAGCCUGCUGCUCUCCGCCAAUCAGAUGCUAUGCUUUGUCACGCCCUCGAUGACGUCAUUGAAUGAAACCGGUUAUUAAAAAAUAAUAAAAAUUAUUGAUUUGUUUGGCUUUUUUUUUCUUCUUUUACUAACGUCUUGGUGAACAGUAAGCGGGAUGU